CCAAGGAAGCUGAGAUAGCUAGCUCUAGCUCGUCUGCUUCUCCUCCUCUCCAGCAUCAACGGCCUCCUCUCCACUGACUGCUCAGUGUGAUACCUAUCUCUCUCCAUUGAGCAAGAGGAGAGGAACGAACCUAGAGGAGAGAUGGCUUUCCUCAACAUGGAGCAGCAGACUUGGGCCUUCACCUUUGGUAUCUUAGGCAAUAUAAUCUCACUGAUGGUGUUUCUUUCACCGCUGCCGACGUUCUACCGCGUGUACCGGAAGAAGUCGACGGAGGGGUUCCAGUCGACGCCGUACGUGGUGACGCUCUUCAGCUGCAUGCUGUGGAUCUUCUACGCCUUCCUCAAGUCCGGCGCCGAGCUGCUCAUCACCAUCAACGGCGUCGGCUGCGUCAUCGAGACCGCAUACAUCGCCAUGUACCUCGCCUACGCGCCCAAGGCCUCCAGGGUGCUCACGGCCAAGAUGCUGCUGGGCCUCAACGUCGGCCUCUUCGGCCUCAUCUCCCUCGUCACGCUGCUGCUCUCCUCCAAGGGCACCCUCCGCGUCCACGUGCUCGGCUGGAUCUGCGUCUCCGUCUCUCUCGCCGUCUUCGCCGCCCCGCUCAGCGUCAUGAGGCUCGUGAUCCGGACCAAGAGCGUGGAGUUCAUGCCCUUCUCGCUGUCCUUCUGCCUGGUGCUGAGCGCGGUGAUCUGGUUCGCGUACGGCGCGCUCAAGAAGGACGUGUUCGUGGCGGUCCCCAACGUGCUGGGCUUCGUCUUCGGUGUGGCGCAGAUGGCACUGUACAUGGCGUACAGGAACAAGAAGCCCAGGGCGGCGGUGGUGCUGGUGCAGGAGGUGAAGCUGCCGGAGCACGUCAAGGAGGCAGCGGCGCCCGAGGGCAGGGUCAGCUGCGGCGCCGAGGUCCACCCCGUCGACGUGCUGGCGCCCCCCGCGGCGGCGGUACACGACCACGCAGUGGUCAUCGACGCGGAGCCUAUCAGCUGCGCUGCCGCUGCCGCAGCAGGAGCAGAUGCAGACGGCGGGGUCGACGGCGACGGACCCUGCUUGCUCAGGGCGGCGCCGGAGCAGCUGAUGAUCAAGCCUGACACGGCCAUUCCCGUGGAAGUGUAGCUUAUCCUUAGCAGCCAGAACUACUCUAGUACCACCCACCACUCAGUAGUAAUUCCCAUGUGAACGGGCCUGCCUGCUACAGCAGCUGCCAGAUGUAUCGGUUGCAUGCAUGCAGCAUGACUUGUCUCUGCAUGCAUGCAGGUCCCAUCCCACCGGUCGAGACCGAGCUAGCCGGGCCCUUUGGGCGAGUAGCGGAUCCAUGGCGCCCAUGGGCCGGCCAGCCGUACCGGCCUGUGAUGAACCGGCGAGAGAUAAAGAAGGAGAGCGAGCGAGACGAUCGAUUGAUCAAACGGCUGCAGCGAGCGAGCGAGCUAUGGUCGCAUGCAGCAGCAGCCUGUGUGUGUAAUCGAAUCGAUCAGCUUGUCGUCUUGUGUCUCCAGUCCUAGCCUGAUUGUUUCAUUCCAUUUCAUGCCGUCGCAGCAAUAAAUUCGGAAU